AUGCCUCUCCCCCAAAUCCUAGUCGGCAAAGUCGCCGCCAUUACAGGCGGUUUAACCGGUAUUGGCAGGGCCAUCGCUCUCGAAUACCUCCGCCACGGCGCAAAAGUAGCCGUAAACCACCUCGGCGGAUCCAAAGAAGAGCCCCUCAUCGAAGCGAUGCGCAAAGACGUAUCUGAGAUUAUCGGGUCCAAUAACGACAGUGAGCAGAGCAGCAGCAGAUUCAUCCUCGUUGCAGGAGACGUAACACAGCCCGAGACGGGGCGGGAGUUCGUAGCCAAAGCCGUGGAAGCCUUUGGACGACUCGAUGUGUUCGUGAGUAAUGCGGGAGUGUGCAAGUUCGAGGAGUUUCUCGAAGUCGACCCCCCUCUCCUCGGCCACACAAUCAACACCAACCUCUGUGGCGCAUUCUGGGCAACACAAGCAGCAGCACGGCAAAUGGCGCUGGCUCAAUCGCCACCGGGAGGCUCCAUUAUCGGGAUUAGUUCUAUCUCUGCACUUGUUGGGGGUGGACAGCAGACGCAUUACACGCCCACCAAGGCGGGGGUGCUUAGUCUUAUGCAGUCGUGUGCGGUGGCAUUGGGCAAAUACGGCAUCAGAUGUAAUGCGCUGCUGCCGGGAACGAUCCGGACUCAGCUGAAUGAUGAGGAUAUGAGUGAUCCGGUGAAGAGGACGUAUAUGGAGGGCAGGAUUCCGUUGGGACGGUUGGGUCAGCCACCGGAUUUGGCGGGGCCGGCGGUGUUUUUGGCUUGUGAGGAGUUGAGUGGUUAUGUGGUAAGUUUUCUUCUCUCAGCUUUAUGUUGGAUGUUCUGGAAGAGGCUGCUAAUGUGA